GCUCGCCGGGCCAGGGGCGGAGAUUGCAGAAGCUCGCGCGAAGGGAGCAGGCGCGGCUGGUCUGCCAUGGCCGAAAACCUGUGCCGAGCCCGGGCCCGGGUGUACCCCCCAUCGGUGCUGUUCCUGCACCCGGACAUGGGCGUGGGCGGUGCCGAACGGCUCGUGCUGGACGCGGCGCUGGCGCUGCAGGAUUGCGGGUGUGAUGUGAAGAUAUGGACCGCGCACUACAACCCGAACCACUGCUUCUUGGAGACCCGCGAGCUCUCGGUGCACUGCGCCGGGGACUGGCUGCCCCGCAGCCUGGGCUGGGGCGGCCGCGGCGCCGCCAUCUGCGCCUACGUGCGCAUGGUGUUUCUGGCGCUCUACGUGCUGUUUCUCUCCGGCGAGGAAUUCGACGUGGUGGUGUGCGACCAGGUGUCCGCCUGUAUCCCAGUGUUCAAACUGGCCAGACGGCGGAAGAAGGUCCUGUUCUACUGUCACUUCCCAGAUCUGCUGCUUUCCAAGAGAAAUUCGACUCUGAAGCGCUUCUACAGGGCCCCCAUUGACUGGAUCGAGGAAUACACCACAGGUAUGGCAGACCGCAUCUUGGUCAACAGCCAGUACACAGCUUCUGUCUUUAAGGAAACCUUCAAGAGCCUGUCUCACGUAAAUCCUGAUAUCCUGUACCCGUCUCUGAACAUCGGCAGCUAUGACUUGGCUGUUCCUGAGAAGAUAGAUGACCUAGUUCCCAAGGGGAAACAGUUCCUGUUCCUCUCUAUCAACCGAUUUGAAAGGAAGAAAAAUCUGCCGUUGGCACUGAGCGCCCUCGUCCAGCUUCGUGGACGUCUGACAUCUCAAGACUGGGAGAAGGUUCAUCUGUUCAUGGGUGGUGGUUAUGACGAUAGAAUCCUGGAGAACGUGGAGCACUAUAAGGAGUUGAAGAAAAUAGUCCAGCAGUCAAACCUUGAGCGCCAUGUGACCUUCCUGCCGUCCUUCUCAGACAGACUGAAGAUCUCACUCCUCCACGGUUGCUUGUGUGUGCUUUACACCCCGAGCAAUGAGCACUUUGGCAUCGUCCCUCUGGAGGCCAUGUAUAUGCAGUGCCCAGUCAUCGCUGUUAAUUCAGGUGGGCCCUUGGAGACUGUCGUCCACAAGGUCACCGGGUUUCUGUGUGAGCCGGACCCAGUGCACUUCUCAGAAGCAAUGGAGAAGUUCAUCCACAAACCAUCCUUAAAAGUUAUGAUGGGCCUGGCUGGAAAAGCCAGGGUGGCAGAGAAGUUUUCUGCCGACGUAUUUGCAGAGCAGCUCUACCAGUAUGUCACCAGACUUGUGUAGUCAGGGGGGGCCUCUGUGGUGUAGGGUCUGUAUGCUGCAUGCACUGCAGUCCUUCUCAUGGGUUGUAGAAGCACUUGUGAACCUGAAAGCAGGAGCUGGAAUCUAGUGCUAGUGAGAUCCUUUUUUUCCUUAAGUAGACUUGAGUCUUGAAUGUGAGCCCCCUGUCCACCACACCUACCUGUUGUUUUCUGAAACUAUCCUUAGUGCUGUAAUCAUUCCAAAUCUCAUCAGUGUUGUUGAAAGAAUGCUAGCAAUCUGCUGCUAGCAGACUAUUUUAAUUCUAUUUUUCUGGAUUAUUGUUCCUUUAUAUAUAAAGGUUUAAUCAUCCAGUGCCUUAAUUGGCUUUAAUAGUUGAGGUCUUACCAUUGUCACAGCCAAUUGAUUUGACUUCAGAGUGUAAUGGGAACGGGGCUCUUUCGGUUCCCACACUCAGUUCACUUAGAAGAGUGUUCUCUAUUAGCUGCUAGGAAGUUUUUGUUUGAAUUUUGCCUGGCUCCAUAACAAGAGCACUCAGUAUUAUUUAUUGGGGUUUUUUUUUUUUGGGGGGGGGGUGUUUUGUUUUGUUUUGUACUGCAACUGGACAAUAAAAGAUGUUUGACCUGGGAAGAGAAUAAAACAUUAGGUCUGGGCCUCCAUGCUGUGAUUUCAUCUUGUUAAGUAACUAAACCCGAAAUCAGAAAACUAGGGUAAACUAGACAGUUGACAUGAAGAAGGAAUAGCAUCAUACAUGUGUGGGCUUACUGUGUCAGACAUUACCCAUGUUUGGACUUACUUCUUUGAGCCUAUGGCAAGACAGUGUGUCAUGGCAGGAACUCAUGGUAGAGGAAGCAACCAGGAAGCAAAGAGAUAGAAAGGGCCUGAUAUCACCUCUAGAGAAUGCCCUCGAUUACCUAAUUUCCUUCCACUAGCCCUAUUUACUAAGAGUUUUCUCACCUCUCAGUAGCAACAUGGGCUAGGAAACCUUUGGGGGAUGUAUUAGUCAGGGUUCUCUAGAGUAACAGCACUUACAGAAUGAAUUGCUCUCUGGACAUAUAGAAAGGGAAUUUAUUGGAAUGAUUUACAGACUGCAGUCCCGCUAAUCCAACGAUGGCCUGUCCGUGAACAGAAAGCCAAGCAUUCAGUAUCUUGGGCCAUGAGGCUGGAUGUCUCUGCUGGUCUUCGGUGUAUACUGGAAUCCCAAAGAAAUAGACUCCAAUGCCAAUGAAGAAAUGGACCUACUAGCAAGGCAAGGACAAGCAGGCAAAGAGCAAAAGCUUCCUUCUUCCAAGCCCUUAUGUAGGCUUCCAGCAGAAGGCAUGGCCCAGACUGGAGGUGUGUCUUCCUGCCUCAAGAAGGAAGAUCUGCCUACUUCAAAUUAAGCAAAAAUCCUUCACAGAUGUGCCCUCUGUUUUUGGAUUUUAGUUAAUUCCAGAUGUAGACAAGUUGACAACCAAGAAUGGCCAUCAGAGGGGACAUUCAGCAUCUAAACUGUACCAAGCAUCAUAUUUCAGACGUCAUAAUGUCACUGAGUGUCACUUGGUGUUUGUGUCAUAUAUUCUCUCCCAAGUUUAGCAUGCCAGUGUUCCCUGUCUUUAAAUGCCGUUGUGAAGCUUGCUUGACCUACUUGCCUCUCAGUCCAUAUCCCUGUGACACUGCCCAGUCGUAAUGGUUCAUUGUUUACCUGUUGCUUGUAAGUACAAAUAUUAAAGCAAUUUUCAAUUUGCCUUUAAUGUUAAACUUACCUGUAAGAAUAUAAUAAAUACCAAUAGUCAA